AUGCUUGGAGUCCUCUUUGCUGUGCUGGCUCUGGCCUCUGCAGCCUUCGGCUGCGGGGUUCCUGCCUACCCACCCUUAGUGUCCAGAGUGGUUGGAGGGGAGAAUGCAAGGCCAUACAGCUGGCCCUGGCAGGUCUCCCUUCAAUACAAUGCCAAUGGCAAGUGGAGCCACACCUGUGGGGGAACCCUGAUUGCCACCAACUGGGUGAUGACAGCUGCCCACUGCAUCAGUUCUACUCUGACCUAUAAAGUGCUUCUUGGAAAAUACAACCUGGCAGCUCAGGAAGAAGGAUCAGUUGCAGUUUCUCCAGCAAAGAUCGUUGUUCAUCCCUACUGGAAUCCAAACAAUGUUGCAAAUGGGUACGACAUUGCUCUGAUCAAACUCUCUGAGCACGUCACCCUGAGUGACCACAUCCAGCUGGCCUGCCUGCCCCCUGCCCAGAGCAUCCUGUCCUCCAACACUCCCUGCUAUGUCACUGGCUGGGGGAGACUGCAGACUAAUGGACCCCUUCCUGAUGACCUGCAGCAAGGCCUUCUGCUGGUGGUGGAUUAUGCCACCUGCUCCAGAUCUUCCUGGUGGGGAACGACUGUGAAACCCACCAUGGUUUGUGCUGGUGGGGAUGGAAUCACCUCCAGCUGCAAUGGUGACUCUGGUGGCCCCCUGAACUGCCAGAAGGCUGAUGGCACCUGGGAAGUGCACGGCAUCGUCAGCUUCGGCUCCUCUCUCAGCUGCAACUACUACCACAAACCCUCUGUGUUCACCAGGGUCUCUGCCUACAACAGCUGGAUUGCACAGGUUAUGGCAAGCAACUAAUCCACUGAGAACUGGAGGAGAUACCAAAGGACCUUUGAUCAAAAAAAC